AUGCCUGCGGAGCAUCUCGACACCCUCAUCGUCGGGGCCGGCAUCUCCGGCAUCAACACUGCCUACCGCCUCCAGUCACGCCUUCCCUCCGCCGACUAUGCCAUCCUCGAGUCCCGCGACGCCAUUGGCGGCACCUGGGACUUCUGGAAGUACCCCGGCAUCCGCUCAGACUCGGACCUCCACACCUUUGGCUUCGCCUGGGAGCCCUGGCCCUACGAGAACCCCGUCGCCGAGGCCGACCUCAUCCUCGGCUACAUGAACAAGUGCGCCUCGAAGUACGGCAUCGACAAGCACAUCCGCUUCCAGCACAGAGUCCUCUCCGCCGACUGGUCCACCAACGAGCAGCGCUGGACCGUCAUCGCCGACCACCAGGGCCAGCGCAGGAAGUUCGUCACGCGCUUCUUCGUCCUCGGCACCGGCUACUACAACUACUACAAGCCUCUCGACGCCAUCAUCCCCGGCAUCGACAACUUCAAGGGCAAAGUCAUCCACGCCCAGUUCUGGCCAAAGGAGUACGACUACACGGGCAAGCGCGUCAUCAUCAUCGGCAGCGGCGCCGCCGCAAUCACCAUCCUCCCUGCCAUGGUCAAGGACGGCGCCGGCAAGGUCACCAUGCUCCAGCGCAGCCCCUCCUACGUCUUCUCGGUCGUCAACAGCGAUCGGGCCCCCUUCUGGGUCCGCAAGUUCCUCCCGCUCCGCGUCGUCACCACCUGGGAGCGCAUGUUCCACCGCAUCGUGCCCUUCCUGGUCGUGCUCUACUGCCACGCCUACCCACAGCAUGCCCGCCGCUAUAUCAUCGGCCUGGCCAAGAAGCAGCUGCCCAAGCGGCUCAACUGGGACCCGCACUUCAACCCAAAGUACACGCCCUGGCAGCAGCGCAUGUGCAUGGCGCCCGACGGCGACUUCUACCAGUGCCUGCAAGACCCCAACAAGGCCGAAGUCGUCACGGGCGUGAUCAAGACGGUCACCGAGACGGGCAUCGAGCUCAAGGAGGGCAGCGCGGGGAUAGACGACACCAAGCCCCAGCACCUCGAGGCCGAUGUCAUCGUGGCCGCCACGGGCCUCAACAUGAACUUUGGCGGAUUCGUCGACGUCCGCGUCGACGGCGACAAGGUCGACUGGUCAAAGAAGUUUGUCUGGAACGGCUGCAUGAUCGAGGGCGUGCCCAACAUGUUCUUCAUGUUUGGCUACGUCAACGCCUCGUGGACCCUGGGCGCCGACGACUCCGCCAGCAUCAUGGUGCGCGUGAGGCAGUACCUCGACAAGCGCGGCACGCAGACGGCCUGUCCGCGUAUGUCCAGGGGCACUGACACCAGCGAGCCGCUCAAGAUGUGGCAGCUCUCGUCGACGUAUGUCCAAGCUGCUGGCGACAAGUUCCCCAGGUACCUGAAGCAGGCGCCGUGGCGGCCCAAGACGAAUCCUAUAAUGGAUUACUCACAUGCCAAUUAUGGGAAUGUGACGAACGGGCUGCACUUGAUGGGUUGA